AUGUUCGCAAGACGUGCAAUUCCAUCGGCCUUCAGCGCCGCGACUCGGGUAUCGCGCCCUCUCGCCCCUACACCUCGGUUCCUCACCCAGAUGCAAAUGCGCAUGCUUUCCGAUGAUAUGCGCAGCGCAAUCGACAAAGCUGUUGCGUCGGCACCUGUUGUUCUGUUCAUGAAGGGUACACCGGAGACUCCGCAAUGCGGGUUCUCAAGAGCAAGCAUACAGAUUCUGGGCAUGCAAGGAGUAGAUCCGGAGAAGUUCACAGCAUUCAAUGUGCUCGAGGAUAACGAGCUGAGGCAAGGUAUCAAAGAGUACUCUGAAUGGCCCACGAUACCCCAACUGUACGUUGAGAAGGAGUUUGUGGGAGGCUGCGAUAUUCUCGUCACAAUGCACCAGGACGGAACACUCGAGAAGCUGUUGGCUGAGAAGAAGGUGCUUGUGCCGGCACAGCCCGAAGGUGGCGAGACGAAAGCUUAG